CAGGUGCCUGCACAAGGCUCGAAGCCCCCCGCAUGGCGAUUAUUACCUUCGCGCGUUAAUUGCGGACACUGUCUCCGAGGAAGAAUCCUAUGAAAAAAAGUAAAAAAACAAUGACGUGUGUGGUGCAGGUUGAAUCUGCCUUUCGUGCGGCGCAACGGCAAAUUGGGGGAAAAAGGUGAGCCUUCUCGCGACUCCUACUGUUGGUUAUGAGUUCUUACGGUUGCAUUUUUAGUUUGGUUGGAUUUUAGCUUGGUGGGAUUGGGAGUUCAAGAAAGUGGCCGAGGAGAUUGGGGAAGGUGUUUAGAUGAAAUGGAGAUAGUGAUCUCUGUGGCAGCUAAAAUUGCGGAGUACACUGUAGCACCGGUUUUGCAGAAGGUAAAAUAUGUGUUUUCGUAUCAAAGUAACAUCCACGAGUUGAAAGUCGAGCACAAAAGGUUAGUCGAAAAGAGGGAAGGUGUGCAACUGCAAGUAGAUGAGGCCGAGAGGAACUUACAUAAGGUUGCGCCCGCUGUUGCGAGCUGGUUAGAAAGAGUGGACAUGAUUAAUAAAGAUGUGACGGGGUUCUUCGAAGAUGAAGUUACUGUCGAUCUAAAGUGUUGCAAAGGGUGGUGUCCUGAUCUGAAGACGUGCUAUUUACUUAGCCAGAGGGCUAAGGAGAAGAGUGCGGCUGUUACUAAGCUUGAAAGGGAUGGAAAUUUUGAUGAAGUUGCUUAUCCUGCACCCCCACAAAAAUUGGGGAGAACAUUUGCAUAUGGUUCUAAGGACCUUGAAUCAAGGACAAGGAUUAUGAACGAGAUAGUGGAUGCAAUCAGGGAAGAAGAAAUUACUAUAGUUGGAGUUUACGGGAUGGGUGGUGUUGGUAAAACAACCAUGAUGAAGGAAGUGAUCAAGACAGUGGAAAAAAGGAACCUUUUCGAUGAAGUGGUGAUGGCAGUUGUGUCCCAGAACCCGAACAUUACGAAGAUACAAGAUGAGAUGGCAGAUAGGCUUUGUCUUAACCUGGAUAAUAGAGGAGAAUUUGGAAGAGCAGGUCGGCUACGUGCAAGACUGCUGGAGCGUAAGAGUACACUAGUGGUAUUGGAUGACCUCUGGGGGGAGCUUGAUCUCGAGGCAAUAGGUAUUCCUGCUGGGAUUUAUUGCAAGAUUCUAUUGACUUCACGAAGCAAAGAUGUGUGCAAGAAGAUGAGAAGUCGGGGGAUCUUCCAAAUCUCAGUUUUAUUAGAUACAGAAUCCUGGGAUCUUUUCCGGGAGAUGGCAGGGGAUGCUGUUGACUCUCUAGAUCUACAUGACAUAGCAAGAGAAGUGCUGGGGGAGUGUGGGGGUUUACCCCUCGCAAUUGCAACUAUAGGAAAGGCUCUAGGACAUAAAGAGAAGCACAUAUGGGAGGACGUACUAGAACAACUUAGAAAGUCUACCAUCAGCUCAUUCACGGAAAUGCAAGAAUCUGUGUUUUCACGCGUGGAACUGAGUUACAAGUAUUUAUCGAGUGAAGAAGCUAAGUCAUGCCUUUUGCUGUGUUGUCUAUUUCCGGAAGAUUUUGAUAUACCAAUCACCUAUUUGGUUAGUUAUGGAAGAAGCUUGAGGUUCUACAAAGGUGUUGAUACACUAAUAAAAACGAGAAACAGGGUCUUGGCAUUAGUGGAUAAAUUGAUAUCUUCAUGUUUGUUAUUGGAGAGUAAUCGUAAUGAUUGUGUGAAGAUGCAUGACAUUGUGCGGGCUACAGCCAUCUCUGUUGCUUCCAGAGAAAAAGCUUUCCUGGUUAGUUGUGAUUCUGAUAUGGGACAAUGGCCAGAAGAAGACACAGGCCAAGAUUGGCAAGCGAUUUCCCUCCUUUUUGAUCAAUUGCCUAACCAUACGUGUGAAUGGAACUAUCCGAAGUUAAAGCUUUUGCAAAUGGCAUGCAUAAAUACUUCUCAGACACUUCCUGAUAAUCUCUUUAGAGGAACGAAAGAACUCAAAGUUCUUACUUUGCUGGGAUUAUCGAUCCAACAAGCACCUUCAUCUCUUCAAUUCUUGCUGAACCUUCAAACUUUGCGUUUAGAGUUUUGUCAGUUGAGAGACAUGUCCGUGAUCGGAACAUUAAAAACACUGGAAAAUCUUAGCUUGGUCGGCUCAGAAUUGGAGGAGUUACCUGAAGAAAUAAAACUUCUCAAGAAGCUGAGAAGUCUUGAUUUGAGGGGUUGCAAAGGUCUCCGAAGAAUCCCCCCUUGUGUUCUCUCAAAUUUAUCUCUCUUGGAAGAGUUGUACAUAGGGUACAGCUUUGACAGUUGGCGAGAAUAUGGCAGUGGUCGAGAGAGUAAUGCGAAUCUUAGUGAGUUGACAGCUUUGCACUCUCUGAGAGAUUUAGUUAUUUGGAUACGAGAACCUGAAAUCUUGCCAAAGGGUCUCCUUUCAAAUAAGUUAAUGAGAUUUGCUAUACAAUUGGGACAUUCUCCUACUUGGUACUCAUGUACUUCCCAAAACAACAAUAUUCUUCUUGGAUCUCCCAGCGAAUCCAGCAAGACGAAGGGCCUGAGGAGAAAGGGGACCGAGCAACCGCUGACCGUCAGAUUCCCUAGCUCGUGGCAUGCAUGGCGCCCAAAAAGCAACGUGUUGACCAUGGAGAUUGACGGGGAAGAUCUGCUGACGAAAAAUAUUAAUGUGCUGCUAGAGAAAUGCGAAAUUCUUGAUCUAGAUGUCCGUGGUUUGACAAAUAUUCCUAUGAACUGGACAAAGCAGGAUUUGUCCGCUUGAAGUCAUUACUAAUUGCAGGGUGUGGGUUAGAGUAUGUAAUAAACCCAACGGAUGGAAGUCUAAUGCUCCCUUUCCUCUCUUGGAGUGGCUCACGAUUCGUGAUAUGUGGUCUUUGAAAGAAAUAUGUCCCUAUGAGAAAGCAGUAGAUCUUCCAGAGACAUCACAAUUACCGAAGAAUAUCCGACGCCAUCCAUUUCUUGGAAACUUAAAAGUUCUGGAGGUGUGCCGAUGUAACAAGUUGACAUAUGUAUUCUCGCCUAGCGUAGCUAAAGGUUUGGUGCAACUUGAAGAGCUGAUUGUGGUCGGUUGUGAGAUGUUAGAAGAAAUUAUCAGCAUACAAGGAAGGCAUGAUGUCGUAACAGCUAUUGAGAUCAAGUUCCCACGUCUCAACUAUUUAGAACUGAGAGGUCUGUCUGGCCUUGUCGCAUUUUGUAAAGCCCCAAAUGAAGCUGAGUUUCCUAAUAGCAAUUCUUUCGAAAUGGAGGGCACCAGCAAGACUUCUCACGAACCUAUACUAGAUAAAAAGGCCGUUUACUCCUUUGAAUUUCCAUCAUUGAUCGAAGUGAUAAUUAAAGCAUGCCCCAAGAUGGUGAGAUUCUCAUAUGGCCAAGUCCGCACACCAUUCCUAUGGGUUGUAAUAAACGACGAAGAGAAACCAUUGACGGAAGACCUUGAUGGGACAAUACAGCAUGUCUUCGAAGCUUCCAAAACUGAAGCUUUGCCAUCUAAGCCUAUCGAGGAGGGAGUUGCACAUGGAACAACUGUGGGAAAAUUUGACAUUGAUGCUGGCGACGCAAAAGAUAUUCUUGCUGCAGUUGAAUAUGUUGAGGAUAUCUACAAGUCCUAUAAACUAGUCGAGAGUGAAAGCCGGCCCCAUGACUACAUGGAUUCACAGCCAGACUUAAAUAAGAGAGAGAGAAAUUCUAGUGGACCAGCUCAUUCUUCUCCACGAUACACGUAAGCUCAUGCCAAAGACUCUUUAUCUUACUAUCAACAUCCUUGAUCGGUUCCUCUCCGUGGAGACUGUGCCAGGAAAGAAGUUUAGAUUGGUCGGAAUGGCAGCUAUACAUAUAGCUUGCUUACACGAAGAAAGUUCGCCUCUUCGGGUUUUGGAUUUAGUAUCCCUCGGAGGCGAUGACUGCACUAGGGACGAUUUUAAUGUUAUGGAGCGUAAUAUUCUGCUGAAGUUAAUAUAUAAGAUAACGGUUCCAACGCCUUAUGUCUUCCUCAAUCGUUUCAUUAAAGCAUCUGACUCUGAUAAGAAACUGGAGCACACGGCAUUUUAUCUGGCUGAGCUGGGCCUGAUGGAUUAUACCUUCAGCGUCGCGUAUUUACCGUCAAUGUCUGCAGCAGCGUCGGUUUAUACUGCUCGAUACCUUCUGGGUGAAUGUCCCCUGUGGACCGAGGCACUUCAGUUCCACACAAACUACUCGGAGUCUCAGCUGAGGGACUGCUUUGAGAUAUUAUUGAGUAAGCACUCGAAUGCUGGGGAGGAUGAACUCAAGGCUGUAUACGAGAAGUAUUCCGAGGCUGAGCGAGGAUCCGUGGCGCUCGUUCUUCCAAAGGAGACUUCCGCGUGUGGCAAUUUAUCUACCGUAGAGCCUCCUCAAAAUUCCGAAAUUUUACUGCCAAAAGGGGAUGAUAAUACUUCCGCCGAAGAAGGGAAAGUUGCCGACUAUGGAAAUGAGAUUCGAAUGGGUUAGUUGGAGCAAUGGGCUGUGGAUUCAAGUCCAACCUUCUUCCUUCUCUUAAUCUAAGGAAGAUUCAAGGCCUCUGGCAUCUCAUGUAGCUGAAGACAAUAUUCUAGGGAAAACUGAUGUUCAGUCUCAAGGUGUGCAUGGACCCCCAGGUCGAUUCAACGUUAUUGAUGCAUUCUCCUUGUUGUGCUCGAGACGCCACCUCAAUUUUAGAACAUAAAUGCAAAAGCAACAAACUAAUCCUGUGUCUUAGUGAGUUAUGAUCACAUGCAUUUUGUCCUGAUGGGACAAGCUAAAA